CCCUCUCUGCACUCCAUUUGAUUAGGAAUUUGGGGGCGGGCCCUGGCCUGGCACGGAGGCGCACACUCUCAGUAGGCACUCUCUCUGUCUCUCGCUCUGUCUCUCUCACACGUUCUCCUACCCAAGGAGCCCAGACAGGAGGACGUGGUCACUCUCUGAAAGGUUCAACUUGAGGGACAGAAUGCAGUGGGUGUCCCUCCUGCUGCUGGCAGGGCUCUGCUCCCUCUCCCGGGCCCAGUAUGACGACGACCCUCACUGGUGGUUCCAGUACCUCCGCAGCCAGCAGUCUACCUACUAUGAUCCCUACGACCCGUACCCGUACCCCUAUGAGCCCUCGGAGCCUUACCCGUAUGGCGUGGAGGAAGGGCCAGCCUAUGCCUAUGGCUCUCUGCCCCCACCAGAGCCCCGUGACUGUCCCCAGGAGUGCGACUGUCCCCCCAACUUCCCCACGGCCAUGUACUGUGAUAACCGCAACCUCAAGUAUCUGCCCUUUGUCCCCUCCCGCAUGAAGUAUGUCUACUUCCAGAACAACCAGAUCACCUCCAUCCAGGAAGGCGUCUUUGACAACGCCACCGGGCUGCUCUGGGUCGCUCUCCAUGGCAACCAGAUCACCAGUGACAAGGUGGGCCGGAAGGUGUUCUCCAAGCUGAGGCACCUGGAGAGGCUGUACCUGGACCACAACAACCUGACGCGGAUGCCCGGCCCCCUGCCGCGCUCCCUCCGAGAGCUCCAUCUCGACCACAACCAGAUCUCGAGGGUCCCCAACAAUGCGCUGGAAGGGCUGGAGAACCUCACGGCCUUGUACCUCCACCACAAUGAGAUCCAGGAGGUGGGCAGCUCCAUGAGGGGCCUCCGGUCCCUGAUCUUGCUGGACCUGAGUUAUAACCACCUCCGGAGGGUGCCUGAUGGGCUGCCCUCAGCCCUCGAGCAGCUGUACCUGGAGCACAACAACGUCUAUACCGUGCCCGACAGCUAUUUCCGAGGCUCACCCAAGCUGCUGUAUGUGCGGCUGUCGCACAACAGUCUCACCAACAACGGCCUGGCCACCAACAGCUUCAAUGCCAGCAGCCUCCUGGAGCUCGAUCUCUCCUACAACCAGCUGCAGAAAAUCCCCCCUGUCAACACCAACCUGGAGAACCUCUACCUCCAAGGCAACCGGAUUAAUGAGUUCUCCAUCAGCAGCUUCUGUACCGUGGUGGACGUCAUGAACUUCUCCAAGCUGCAGGUGCUGCGCCUGGACGGGAACGAGAUCCAGCGAAGUGCGAUGCCAGUGGACGCACCCCUCUGCCUGCGCCUGGCCAGCCUCAUCGAGAUCUGAGUGGCCUCACACUGGGCCCCUGCCUUCCCUUGCACUUGGCUUGAUGGUUUGGUUUGGCUUUUGUUGGAAGGUCUGGGACAACCAUGUGGCACAGUCUGUGGGCUCCUCUUUGGUCCCUUCCCAUAGCAGAGUUAGGUUGCAUCAGGGGCCAGGCAGGCUUCUGCUCAGGACGGAGGCAGAUGCUCUCUGCUCCCCAGGGCACAGGAGUAGUGGUGGGGAGUCCUACCUGGGAGCCCCAAUCCCUCAAAGCUCACUACUCUAAGUUCUCCCUGAUGAUCUGACGUCAGGGAGCUUUCAGCACUGCCUGGGCAAUGGCGCAUAAGCUGCUUUCCAAGCCACCUCUGAUGUUGUCUCUGCACAGCGCUUGGUAGCUCUCUGCAUGUGUUGGGCUGGCCGUGCAGCCACUCUGAGCUCCUGUUCAUUGCUCCUCUAAAUAUACCUCUGGCCAGGCCACCUCCUCCUCAGUCCGUCCCAUCCCUCAGCCCUUCUUCACAGAUGUCCCUUCUACACCUUCGGCAGUCAGGAGCCCUCAAGGCAGGAGGGCACCUGCCCAGCGACCUGUGGAGACAACCCACACUUUGACCCAAGAUUAAAAGGAUACUGAGAGUCACUGCUCCACCCUCCUUAACCUCACUUUUUGAAAGCCACCAGAUUGGCGGUUACCAGAUUGGAGGUCGUGAUAAUGUUUAUGGCCUGAUGCCAAAGAACCAGCCUCAGGCUCAGCUGAAUUUGUGGGGCUAGAGUUUAGCAGCUGCAUCAGAUUUCAGAGGAAGAAAGGCCAGACCCAGUUAUCAUCAGCGCCCAUAAGAGCUGCCAUGGCACCUCGAAUUGGCUGAACUGGGGGACAGCCUCAGUAGUGUCUGUCUUGCCCCAUGUGCUCUGCCUCCCCCUACCCAAGUCUUUAUCCUAGAUGGUUGGGGCCACAUGAUUUCCAAAGCCUGAGAAAGCUAGUUUGCCCUCUCUUUUGACCCAAGCAGGAAGGUUUUCUAUACUGAUGGAGAGACAGACUGGACUCAGGUGAGCUCAAGGGAGGAGGACAUGGCUCAUCUGUAUGAACAGGUUCAUCCCAAGGCCCAGGCUCCAGGGUCUCUGCUGAGGAUGCUCCCUGGGGUCUGGAAAGUCCAGGCCAGGCAGCAGAUCUCACCACCCUGCUUUCCUAUCUCUGAGCUACACCCCAUGAUUGAAGAUGCCUUUGCUUUGUAGCUUGACCAGAAAGCGGUUAAUUCUGCUCAUUUCCAUGAGGCCAUGGUGUCUGGCCCGACCUGCCCGUUCCUCGGGGUGUGGGGGGCCGAGCCUUCUCUCUGGCAGCCAGGGAGAGGCCCAGUGAGGAGAGCUGGCCGAGUCCAGUCCUUACCCAGAGCCCGUCUCAGCCCCAGUUCUGUGAUCUUGGGAGCAGCUUCCUGAAAGGGAAGGGGACCCUUGGUCCAUGUUCUUGGCUCCUGACCCUGCAAUCCACAAAAGCCAAACCAGGGAGCUCUGACGGGAGGGGCGAGGCUGCCCCUGCCCGGGCUCUUCAGACAGCGCCUGCACGUGGACCCCUUCGCCUCCACUCGGGAUCUAGUACAGGAGAAGCCGGAGUGGCAUUAACCCGACCAAUAAAGUUAUUGUACACUUGCA